GUCCUUAUCUCCAGCUUUUAGGAGUCCAGAGCACCAUAGGCAAAGGCAUGCUCAUAUUAAUUACGACUGUGAAUAUAAAAGCUUUCGUAAAGACCCAAAAAAGUCUAUGCCUUGGAGAAUAGAAGAUGAAAAAUAUGGACAAAGCAAUUCCAGGUUUGCACCUCAUGGAAAUAACCACCAGAGAAUAUAUGAACGUAGGUCACCUUCACCCAACCUGAAAAGAAUUCCCAUGGAAGAUGCUUACAGUCAUAAACCCUACAGAACACAUUCAUCUGAAAGGCCUGAAAGCAACAGGAGAUGCCAGAUACCACCAAAAUACUCUGAAGUACCUUACAAAGAGCAUGAUCGUCCCUUUUACCAGCACAAAAUGGAGGACAGAUACAUGUUUGAUCACUACAAACUCACUGGAAAUGAGAAAGGAAUGAAACCUUUUCAUAGACCAUUAGAGGCUUCAUGCAAACUUGAAAGAAAAUGGCAUGAAGAUGACUUGAGGCACCAGAGGUUACACGAAGAGAAGUACGGUCAGUCACCCAGAAGAGUUUCUGAUGAAUUUACGGCAAGGAGCUCUUUACAGAAGAGGUAUCCUGAAGAUCACGAUUACAGAGAAUAUGGGCACACGUCUAAAAGGGCUAAGGAAAUGGAGAGGUAUGACGGUGGAGAUGUAGCAAGAAAUUCCAAGUGGAAGCAAGAACGUUCUUUUCCACCCUGCCAGGAAAAGGAGGAGCAAAGAUAUCCAGGUGCCCAGUCCCAGCGGCCGGCUGAGAGGGAGCACUUGGGGGGUUCUGUCACUAAGAUAGCCUAUGAGUACAGUCACAAACGGCGCAGGCAUCCCGAUGGGGAAAAGCCUUUUCCAGAUGACAGAGCUCAGAAAUACGUGAAGCAGGAAGAGCAGAAGUACAGCUCUUCUAAAGGUGCCCGGAACAGCAAAGAGUUGGAUUAUUUUAGUGCUGGAAGAGCCAGACGGACUGAAGAGCGGCACGUUGAAGAACCUGUUAAAUACAGCUCCAAGAAGAGCUGCAAUGCUUGUGUUAACUCUUCCAAAACGGAUGUUGAGCUGAGAUCUUUUAAAAACAAACUGAAUGAAAGAGUGAGGAAAGAGGGGGAGCUGAGGAAAAACGUGGAUUCCUCCAAUAACCAGCGUGAUUCAAGUCAUACUGUUUCAGAUGUGAAAAUGUCUGAUGCCAACUGUAUGAGAGAACGUCUCACAGUCAAAGUGGAUAUGAAGAAAAUGGGGACCAAGUACAGGACUGCUUCUAGUCACACUACAGAGAGACAGAUGUCCCAUGAUCUGGUUGCUGUUGGCAGAAAAAAUGAAAAUUUCCAUCCAGUGUUUGAGCACAUGGAAUCUGUAACACAAAAUGUUGAAAACGACCCAUCAAGAGAAUUUACUCAGGAAAUAAUCACAAUUAUUCAUCAAGUCAAAGCAAAUUAUUUUACAUCUUCUGACAUAACUCUACAUGAACGGUUCUCAAAAAUUCAGGAUAAAUCAAGUGCAAAUACAACUGACGUUAAAAUACAUUUGGAUCCAGAAAUUCACAGGAGGAUUGACAUGUCUCUAGCAGAACUUCAGAACAAACGAACUGUGCCAUCUGAUUCUCCUCAGAACAUUGUAAGGGUGUUGGAAGAUCCCAAUGAUCUGCGCUAUGAUAUAGAAAGGAGAAGAAAAGAGAGAUUGAAGAAGGAUGAUGAGAGAGUGUUUCAUGUAGAUGGUGUCACUCCAAGGAACCAGCAGAGCUGCAGYCUUKCCAAGUUACAAACUUCUCAAGUUGAUGGUUUCCAAAAGCCUAUGAGGUUCAUGAAGCCACCUUUCAGGAAAUUUAUUGGGAGACCUCAUCUGGUAAGCUGAAAUGUAGAAAUAGUCACUCCUGC